AUCUCUGCAGCUGCAGCCCAGGUCUCAGCUGCUGAGCAACAACCUCUCGGUUAAUUGGUCCAGAACUGCGGAGUGUCAGGUUCUGACGCAACAGGAUCACCUAUCCGGGAGGGGGACACUGGAACCUGAGCACUUCAUGUCUUGACUCGCCGGUUUAUUUCAUCACGACCAGCCUGGUUCUGCAGUGCAGGUUCUGCAGUGCAGGUCACUGUGGCGCGGAAGCAAAGCCCGAAUUCGUGCGUCCCAGGCGCGGCAAUGCUGCCUCCGAAGAACUGCCUGCCGAGGAACUACAGCUGCAUCGCCGGGCUGUUCGGGAGCCUGGCCGCGGCCAACCCAAGGCUCGAGGAUGGGGAUGAGUAUGACGUGAUGAACGGCUCGUGUGAACCCAUGGAGAACCCUGUGGUGGACGAGAGGCCACGGGGCAGGGAGAUUUUUCUCAAGACCCCGCAGAGCCCGAAUCUCCGUCGGAGGUGCAAAUCGCUACCUACACCUUCGGAGAGAGCCAAGUUAGAGAUUACACGCAGCAGAAGUCCAACCAGUCAGAAAAAGGUCCGCUUCGCUGACUCCCUGGGCUUGGAGCUUAUUUCUGUGAAGCACUUCGACGAUGCGGACGACCCGGAGGUGCCGGAGCGCAUUUUGGCGAAACUACAGAAGGGGACGCUCCAUCACCUGGACACAAAGUUCCCCCGGGCUCCUGCGCAGUCCGUGUUUAUGGAGCUGCAGUUCACAAACCCAGGCACAUUACCCGAGUUUGAGCAGAAAGUCAGAGAGGUGAAGGUGCUGCUGGAGACCGUGCAAACGGAUGACUUCACCCUCUCAGGCUUUGUGCGCGUCUUGAACCUGGCCUUUGAGAAGAGCGUCUCUUUGCGCUAUUCCCUGAACAACUGGAUAACCUUCAUGGAUAGCUUGGCCACCUAUGUUCCAAACACGAGCGACGGUAUCACUGACAAGUUCAGCUUCAAGAUUGUCAUGCCUACCUACCUAGACAAGGGGGGCACCUUGCAGUUCGCCAUUAAAUACUGUGUCGGUGGGCAGGAAUUCUGGGACAAUAACAACGGGAACAACUACAAGGUGCGUCGCCACCGGUUAAAGAUGUCGCCACCUCGGGAAUGGGAAAAUGGUUGGAUCCACUUUAUCUGAGUGCUGGGCUCUGAUUUUGGGCACCAGAUUUGUGCGUUAUCUGCGCGUAAUGGUCUCCGGGUAGACGUUACUGUACGGCCGUAGCCUGUUAAAUAUUUGGAUUCAUUUCUUCUGUCGUGAUCAGACACCCACAUGCUGUGACAGAAAAUAUCGACCCAUGCUAUUUCCAAACAGCUGCCCUGUUGUGAUAAUGCUACAUUGACUGGAUGAGCCUGACAGGGACCCAGCAGGAGGGGAGGGUAUGUGGUCUGAUUUUGUAUUGUUUUGCCUUGAUGUCACGACUCGGUGAAGCUCGGUGCCCUUUGUGAGGCCCUACUUAACUGAUGUAAUAUGCCACGGAAAACGCCAGCUUCAGGUUUUACUACUCACAACAGGAGCGGUUGUAAACAAUUAGCUGAUGGCAUACUAUUGCUUAGAUUCUGCAUUUUGAUUAGCAUGCAUGUUGAUUUAAUGGUAAACAGAUAAAGCCUUACUGAUCAUUUGGGUGUGAUUUCCUUCAGCUGGUGGAAAAACAUGCACACAUCUGCAAAAACAGAAGAUAUAAAUCUAAAUUAAAGAAUAUAACAUAGACUAUAUAAAUAUAAGAUAUAUUAAUAUGAAAGGGUUAUUUUAUGUACUAAAUAAGUAUAUAAUUUCCUAUGAGAUCAAUUUAAAAUGCCUUAUUCUAUUUAAAAAGGUUAUACAUUAUUUUUGUGCAAUACUCUUAACAUUAGGAAAACAAAUGAUUUGAUAAUUAUUAAGUGAUGAAGCCAGCCAACAUUUGUAUGUGCGCCUCACAUGCAUCUUGCUCAGGCUGGUUGGGUAACUAAGGACCUAAUUGUUUUUCCCACUAUUUUGUGAUUUUGGGCUGUUAAGCUUAAACAGCCAAAGUACCAAUACCAUCCCUGCUCUCAGUUGUUGGAGUUUACAACCAGCACUAGUUUAUAGUUAUUACAAUAAAGUACAUUUCUUAUCACAAUACUUUUUUCAGAUAACAAUACAUUUACAAUUAUUGCACAGCCCUAGUUCUAAGUGGGCCUUGGGGUACAAUUGUCUUCUUCUUUGGAACCCACUUAGGUUAAUUACUUACAAAUCUGGUAUGUAAAACCUCUUGGGCUCCAUAAAAGUGUUAGCUAGGUUUCAAAUGGGCAUCAAGAAAAUUAGGUCAAAUGUAGUAACACAUAUAGGACCCAUAUGGGUGCAUCAAACCUUUGGACAUUCACAUUUGGGGUCCAUUAUUCAGUCCAUCUCCUACUUAUAUGGACCCCAUAUGUGAAUGCUGGCUGGGAAGGAGUGACAUACUUGGUGAAUAUUUGCCUUUAUGUUAUUAAAUCUACAGCAUUAAUUCUUUUUUUUUUCAAAUUCUAAAAUAAAAUAAGGCAUAACACUGCAACAUUUUAAAAUUGUAUAAUUAAGGUUGUGUUUAUACAGAACGGGAACCACUAUUUAAGUGCUGUCUUGGGGUUUGUUGUUUCCACGCAAUUAACUCCUCAAACAUGGUUGUUGUUCCAACAGGGAAAUAUAUGCAGAGGCAUUUGAACAGUUAGGUUUACCUCAUUUUAUUUAUGUACUUCCUCCUCUUCAGGUCAGUGUUGAUAAUAGAGUUAUUAUUGCUAUUUGUAGUAAUUAUUUUUACAUUCAAACAAAAGUGAAUCAUUGUACAUUUACAGAUGGAAAUAUUUUUGAUUUUUGAUUGCACUUUUUGCGUAUUGUCCACUGAGCAGCUUUGUCUGUAGACCUAGUAGCCACUACAGAUGACUGCUUGAAACAGUUUCUGCCCUAAAGGUACUCGAUAGUUGUCACUUUGCAAGAGCAGUGUCCUUACACUUCACUGGAAUGACCAAAAACAUUCAACCAUUGUUUUUGUCUGCCGCCUCUCUCACUGCUUUUUUCAUACUGUACUCACAGACUGAUCAUAUUUAUGCUACCCUUUUUUCAGACAAAAAUUGGUCCUACAUGUAAAUUUUCAUCUAUUUCUUUCUCACUUGGUUCCCGGUGCAAUGUGUGUACUCAGUGUUUAUGGUGAAAAAAGGUUGUAAAUAAACUUGAAUCCAGAUACUUUGCUCUUUCCUCUGGAAUGAUAAUGCUUGAAACAACAGGAAGCAGGAGAGGAAAGGGCACUGGGCUUUUAAUUCCAGUCCUCUGAGUGUAGGUUGAGCAUCACCUUAGCUUUCCAAUGUAAGAGCCUGGAAUGUGGAUGGAGGCUAUUCCUGUAACCACUUUGUUUUGGGUCCGUUCCACUUUGACCCCAUCAGGGGUGUUUGUCUUCAGCUCUGACACAUGUCAACACCAUAAGGUUUGGAAAUACUAAUUGAUUCUAAAAAGGUGUGAGGGAGACUCCGUAAUGUUUGCUACUACACAUCAUUAUUUCUACGUACAUAGUGCCAUUUGUUGCAAAGAAUAGGCUGUUUUGUAUGUUGUCUGCCUGUGUACACUUUGGUCAAGCUUUGGUCCAGAGUAAUAGAAGACAGCAUUUAUUUUCAAGGUGGAGUAAAACUAAAAUGGAUAGAAAAGCAUGCAUCAAUACCAAAAAAUAAUCCUGCCAAAAUAUAUAUAUAUAUAUUUUUUGAAGAUUUCACCGCCACUUGGCCUGAUUUUAAAUGUUAGAAGAAUCUGGUAAGAUUUCUUGACUGGAAUAACUUCUCACAUUCUCACAUUCUCUUUACACUUGUUAAUGAAAUAAAUAUGUACAACUCAAUUUUAGCUUGGUGUUAUUGUUAUUGCUGCAUCCCAAUCAUAAAGUCAACUAUGGGUCUGCGCCUCAUUAGACUGUCACCUGUGUGUAAACAUUAUAAUUUGUAUCAGAGCACAGAUAUGCUAAUAUGUAUGUAAAUGUGUCAGUAUUUCAUGCUGAAUGUCUUCCUGCUGGUGUUCUGUGUUACGUGUAUUUUGAAGCAUUUCAAAUCAUGUGUAAUGAUUGUGUAAAUGGUUCAGUCAUUUGAUGCUGCAAAAUUAUAAGACGUUCUCAGUCAAUUAACACAAGGCUAAUAUUAGAGAUGCGACAUGUAAUUGUGUUUAGUCUUGCUAUAAUUUUGGAUAUUAGUCAAAUUUGCCAGAAUUUUUCCUGAUAUUAGCCAGAACGUGAGUAGCACACCUGGAAAAUAAGGCAUGUUCACAUUGUUUGACUGCACAUGACUCACUUAGUGAGAGAUAUGUAUAAGAGACAGGGAGGCAAGUGAGGAAAGAUUGCAGAAUGUAUGAGUUCUGGACAGUGGUUAGGGACAUAAAGACUAAAUAUGCAAUGCGAGAUACACUUUGGAGUUUGAUAGCUUUUUGCAUGAAAGAAUAAUGAUUGUAGGUGAUACUGAGCAGUCUAAUGCAGUGAGAGGAAGCAAACGGGUGUGUAGUUGUCUCUGAAAGUUUCUCCUUGGAAAUGUUUUCCAGCUUUUGGCACACUGGCCUUUGUCUCUCGGUUUGUCUAAUUUAUUAUAAUUUAAUGACACUGUUUUUUCUCUUAAUUAUUUUCUUGAAUUUAUAUUAACUUUUUUAAAACAGUUUGUUUGAACUUUUACACUGUGAGUUUUGUGUCCUUUUUUCUGUGAAAUUUCUCCAUAUUUGCACAUACAGCUGAAACAUACUGUCAUGUUUACAUUUAGCUUGUAAUGUAACUCCAUAUUUUGUUAAAUCAAUGCUUAAUAAAAGCUUUUGUGAUGGAAACCAA